CUCCCAACCUGUCUGCAGUCAUCAAUCUUUCAUGCACGUUGAAAGCGAGCCUGCAUCAAAAGGAAAAAGUCAGAGACGUUUUGGAAGCCUAUGAAGAUGGCUGGUGGCUUCACAGGGCUGAGUUGCGCCGCAGCCGCCUUGUUUGCUUUUCUGACAUAUCGUUUCAUCUUUUGGCCUGCAUUGUUAUCCCCUCUUGCGCGCAUUCCCAACGCUCACUGGUCCGUCCCGUUUUCCCGCCUCUGGAUCCUGCGGAUUCGAUUCACCCAUCGAGAAAAUAAAACACUCUUUGCCGUCCACCGCCGUCACGGUCCCAUAGUCCGAGUUGGGCCCAGCGAACUGAGCAUCGAUGACGUGGACUGUGUCCGCACUGUUUACCAGGGUGGAUUUGAGAAGACUUCGUGGUAUUCUGUUUUUGACAACUAUGGCGCUGUCUGCAUGUUUUCGGCAAGACCUUCUGCCGAGCACUCGGCACGGAAGCGGUUGAUAUCCCAUGUCUACUCCAAGUCAUACAUACAGUCAAGUCCGGCGGCUUCAGCCCAAGGGCACGCCAUUCUUUCCGAGAGGAUUCUGCCGAUUCUUGAACGGUCCGCCAAAGAUACCCAACUUCCCCAUGGCAUCGAUAUCUAUUCGGUGUUUAUGGCGGCAACGAUGGAUUUUAUCGCCGGCUACCUCUUUGGGCUGAGGAAUGGAACCGACUUUCUAGGCGACAAGGCCUACAGAGAGCACUUUCUCGAGCUAUACAGGGCCCGCCAGGGUUAUGGAUAUUACGAUCAAGAGAUGCCACAGUUCACCAGAUUCUGCCGCAAGAUUGGCAUUCCCUUUUGCCCCAAGUGGGUGGAUGCAGCCAAUAAGGAGCUUGGCGACUGGUGUCUACGGCUCUGUGAUCAGAUAUCCGCCUCUCCCGACACAACUAACACUGACCCAAGGGAUGAGCCUGUAGUAUGGAAAAGUCUAGUUGGUGGGCUUCGGACAGAUGAAACUACGAAGGGCAAGGACUCGCUCCUGUAUCCGGCUGUGUCCAACUUCCGGCUGUCAGUUGCAUCAGAGCUUUUCGACCAUGUGCUGGCAGGCCAGGAAACGGCUGGCUUGGCCCUUACAUAUCUAACCUGGAGGCUAUCACAGUCAUUGGAACUGCAAGAGAAGCUGAGAACUGAACUUCUGGGCAUGACACCAAACAUGCGACAGCGCCCAGAUGGAACGAUUGAUAUGCCGGAUCCCAAAAAGUUGGACAGUCUCCCUCUACUUCACGCCGUACUGACAGAAACACUACGCCUUCACGCGCCAAUCCCUGGGCCACAACCACGUCAAACUCCUGAGGCGGGCUGUCGUCUAGGCUCGUACCAUGUACCGGGUGGCGUGAGGGUGGCAGCUUUGGCCUAUACUCUCCAUCGUGACGAGGUAGUCUUUCCAGAUGCUGAGAAAUGGGACCACACUCGGUGGCUGCCGGGGACGGGAACAGAAGACGAAAGGAAACUGCAGAACAGGCAAUUCUGGGCUUUCGGCUCAGGCGGUAGGAUGUGUAUUGGGUCCAACUUUGCAAUGAAUGAGAUGAAACUCAUGAUCGCGGCCAUCUACUCCAACUACACCAGCCACAUUGUGGAUGAUGAGGGUGUAGCGAAUCAGUCAGAUGGGUACACCUCACGUCCUGCAAACGAGCAGCUGUAUCUCCGGUUCGAGAAGGUUGUAUGACGCCGAGCGCGCGAGCAUUGUCUUCCGUUACACCAUCCCCGAAACAACAAAGCCCAAUAUACAACAAUCUGGAUAGCCUCUUCGCCCAAGACUAAUUUCCAGUCUUGGGCCAGACCCGACUGUACGAUAGCGAUAGCAUUUCCAAGACAUUGUCGUCUGCGAAGUCGACUUGUACAUACACCUACGUCGUGGACAUAAUAACUGGCACUGCAAAAUACUGAACCAAUCUUCGAAAAAUAUUUGGUAGCUCUUAAAAGAUAACUAAUAGCCUUCCUAGCUAUCUUUUUAAGUCUGUUCACUAUCCUCUUAGGCCU